AUGCACUUGGUCUCUCCCUCGAGACUAGCCUGGUCUCGGGGAAUUUCAUCACGAGUCCUUCUCCAAGUCCGCAACUCGCAGCCCUCUGAAUUCACAGCUUUCCACCCACAACUACAAUUCCGCCGACAUUACAGGCGCAUGCUAAGGACCAUUGUGUCCAAGCACAUUACAAGCAUUACAGAUGCGGUCCGUCCAGUCCUGCCGCCAAGCAUAGCUUCACUCCCCCGAGAGGUCGACAAAAUCGCGAGGACCUUCAGCCCGGCACACAACCAGGAACUACGGGAUGUCCCUAAGCCUGCUUCCGAGCAGGAUCCAGAGUCCCCAGAAGACGAUGUAUCUACCGAGCCAUACUCCGCCGCUACCCCCGACACCAAUGUCCAAACCCAAGUCCGCAAGCUCAUGCGACUGGUUCCUCACCCAGUCGCAAUAAUCACAGCUACGCAGCCGAAUUCUCGCGCCGAUUCAGCCUUCCGCGGAAUGACAGUGUCGUCUUUCAACACCGUCACCUUAUACCCGGAACCCAUAGUGUCCUUUAACGUGAAACUCCCAUCCGAAACGUACGAUGCGAUUCGUUCCUCGCAACGCUUUCUCGUGCACCUCUUGUCGUCGAAUGGGGUGACGGCAAACCUUGCGAGGGAGUUCUCAAGAGGACAUGAGAAUGUCCAGAUGGAGGAUAGGAAGCAUACAUUCCGAUUUACUUCGCCUGCUUCGUUGGAACGGCAGCCUGCUGUGACAGAGGGUGAACCGCCUCGACUCGUCCUCCAACAACGAUUGCUGGACAACGAAGACUCCACCCAGAAUACCUUGCCGUCAAACUUUCCCUUCAUACUUGAAUGCAGGUACUAUCCUUCGAGCGCGCGAGUUGGGGACCAUGUGAUAGUCUUGGGGACUGUGAUAAAAAUAUACAGCGACGAGCCGCGGCAGUUGGAUAUUAAUCACACUGCUGACGACCUCUGCCUGACCUACGCAGACACUCGGUUUUGGAAAAUGGGCGAGCAAAUCACGCUUCUGUCGAAAAAAGACAGGCCUUGA